UGCCUCUGCUGCCUGCAGGUUCAGAGAACUCCAUUCUUGUUGCUCCCGGCUCCUGAUUGGCUGAGCCGCUCGGAAAAGGGGCGUGCCCGUGUUCCUGGCACCAGUCUGCUCUGGAAGCAGCGAAAGGUGGAGAGAUUUUCCCCAUCACACACACACACUUGUCCUACAUACACACGCCGAGACAUACACACUACGCGAGAGAAACGGGACCCGUACGAACGCAAUAGGAGCAUGGACCUGAGCCUGCGAGACGCUCUAGGUGGGGGUGGCGGYGGGGCCCCAGCAGAGGCCCUGCUGAAGAGAGACUUCGUGGCCUCGCUGGAGAAAGAGAGUUACGAUGACAAGGUGGGAGAAACGGUCUCCAAAGCUGACUACAGACCCUUGCUGGACGGGAAGGACACCAAGAGCGGCCCUGGGAUGAUGUCAAYGAUGAUGACGUCAGGUGGACGCCAGGACCCACCGGGACAGCCCGCCUUUGGAUCCGACUACCUGUCCGGUUUCUCUCAGUCUGGGAUGGGUAUGACCCUGGGCUCCAGCCUGCCACCCUUCCAGACCACUAUGAGCUCCAGUUUGGGCCAGACUGGGAUGAGUCCUGCGGUGGACGCCCAGAAGAGUUCUGGCCUGUUCGGUGUGGAGAMCAAGCCCCCCAGUAACAUCAGCGGGAGCGGUACUUUUAACACCACUGAUCCGUUUUCAACCGGUGGCCCGGGAAUCCACUCGGCGGACCACCCUGCAGCUCCCAUCCUCUCCCCCAGUGGCUCAAUGGACGACAGCAGUCCCACGUCCUCCAACUCUGAACCCCUCAGCCCAGAGAGAGUGGGGACAGGGGGAGAGGCCGGCAAGCAGCGGCGGCGGAAGAAGAAGAGGAAGGACCAUGACGAGGUCUACGACUUUUUGGAUAACACGGGGCCCUCAGACAAGCGCGGGCUGCGGGAGAAAGACGGCAGGGAGGUGGAGGCCGACGAAGACGAGGAGGAGAACUGGGAGUGGGARAUAAGAGAGAGUGGAGGAGGGGGUAGGGUAAAAGGCAGAAAGACUAAGAGUCGGGCAAGACUUCCAGAGGAGUGGGGCGCUCCCCAGCAGCCCAUCUCCCCAACACCAGCUGCAGUUGCUCCUAAGUGGGCUGCAGCUCCUGAAACUGCCCCUGACCAAAUCCCCACAAGUUUCACUAACUCUUCCCAUGUUAGCUUUGGAAACGAUUCUUCUCCACGUGCCUACGAGCCCAUGUGUGUAGAUGGUUACCCUCUGUCUGGUAAAGAUGGGCCCAAGUCAGACAAAGAGAAAGUUUCAGGCAGUAAGCUUGAACCUCACAGUGCUCACAGUAAGACGAGUGUAACUGGAGAUGGUAGCGCUAGUCUCGCUCUACUGACAGGGGACAAUCUGAGCCCAGUCUCCCAGACCUUCUCUUUCCUUGAUUCAGUCCUCCAGACUCCUCCAGGUUCCACCCCCGACUCACAGACCACCACCCCUAUCACCAACACCCCAUCCAUUGCAACCUCUUCCCUCACUAAGUCCACCCCGAUAGAAAGUGGCAUCCUUUCUUCACAAACCUCUUCUUCUUUCAACCCUGCAGACAUCACUCCAGACCGCCCUCCUGCUUUCACUCCUUCCACCCACCCAUCACCCCCAGCUCCUACACAAGCUGCAGUCAGCUCAGCCCUUAACGUUAACGCCAAGCCGUUUGUCCCCUCGGCCACGCUCCUGUCGUCCGCGGCCUCUCCUGCUCUUAGCACGGCAUCAGGCACUGCAGCGCCCACGACCACRGCCCUCUCCUCCUCCUCUCCUUCCAAGAAUGAAACCAUCUCCCUCCCAUCAUCAGGCACACCUUCCAAAGGUGUUGCCGUGUCACUUAGCUCAGCCACACCCCCUMCCGCCAUCACCCAAGCAGGCCCUCCCUCUCUCCUUGCACACUCAGAGCACCGGGAGUCCUCGUCGACACAGCUCCCCCCAGUGGAAGUGAAACCUGACAAUAAGGACAAGCAGGAGAAGACAGAUGUCAUCCCUAGCAAGACGGACAAGAUCGACUCCUCAGACAAAAAAGAAGAGCAGCAAAAGAAGGAAAACAACACGGACAAAAAUCAGAAGCCAGAGAAAAUCCUCAAAAAUGAGGAAAAGGUGGAGAUGAUGAAUGUGGAGAAAAACGACAAGGUCAACGAGAAGCCAGAGAAGGUGGACAAACCGGAGAAGACGAACAAGGAUGAGAAGAAGAAGGAGGAGGAGGAAAAGAAGGUGGCUGAGAAGAAGGAGGAGAAGGGAGGAAAAGGACCGGCCAAGUCUCCCACAGGCAACAGCAGUAAGACGGUGACAAGCCCUGAUGGCAAGAGCAAGCCUGAUGUGGGUUCAACCAAAUCAAACUCGGCCAAAUUGCGUCCAUCCACCCUCUCCACCAAUAAUGAGGCCAACUCGGCCAAACGCCCCUCCCCCACUACAGCUAAUAAAAAAAGUCCCGCGCCCAAGGCGACCACGCCCACUGCUGCCAAGCGGCCGCCAACAGCAGCUGCCCCCAACAAGGCUGCCAAGACUCCAGAAAAUGGUACAACUGAGAAACGCCCGUCUGUGCCGAAGACCACCACUCGUUCAGCAGUCAGUAAGAAUAGCUCCUCUGCACCGGCUGCAAAUAAAGCCGCAGCAAAUAAGAAUGACAAGACUGAAAACAAGACAGGAGAGGCCAAGAAACCCAAGACUACAGCACGUCCUCGUCCGACCUCCACAGCCGCUCCUGCCGCCCCGGCUGCCUCCACCAACGGCGACGGCUCAGCGGCUCAUCGCCGCAGAGUCAUCACGAAACCCCCCGUGCCCAAGCAGGCCCCAAUGGAGAAGAAGCCAACAGCGCCCCGUCCUCCCCGGACCCCGCGGCCCAUCUACGCUCCAACACCAGACUUAAAGAAUGUGCGCUCCAAGAUCGGAUCCACUGACAACAUCAAGUACCAGCCAGGAGGAGGGAAGGUCUCCUCCACCCCGAACAGCAAGACAUCCGACCCCUCCACCCCAGCCACCAAGGCCAGAGUUCAGAUAGUGCAUAAAAAGCUGGACUUCAGCCACAUCACCUCUCGCUGUGGCUCCAAGGACAAUAUCAAACAUGUCCCUGGAGGUGGCAAUGUGCAAAUCUUGAAUAAGAAGGUUGAUGUGAGCAAAGUAACAUCCAAAUGUGGCUCCAAGGACAACAUCAAACACAAACCAGGAGGUGGUGACGUGAAGAUCGAGUCCCACAAAUUGAACAUCAAGGCUAAGUCCAAGAUCGGUUCCCUGGACAACGUAGGACAAGGCAACGGGCAGACCAACGGACACAAGGAGGAGAAAACAGGAGAGAAGACACCUCCGAGUGGCGCUCCAACAACAGGAGCGGCAGACAUUGCUAAGGCAGCAGCACCAGGAGGUGUUGUUAAGGAAAAUGGCAYGAAGGAGCCCACACCCACUCCUUUUGGAGGAGAAGGACUGAGGGAGCCCAUUAGCAUAGACAAGCGCAUUACUGAGACAAAUUGAUUCCCAGUGACCUGCAGAUUUCGGCGGGACGUGCAUGACGCCCGCCGACCUGCCGCUCGACAGACCAACCAACCAACCGACCCAACACGGCGCAGUCACCUCCCUUUGGCCUUCUCCUUCAGUUCUCCUACUGCAGCAUCGAACUCACCGAUCGCCUCUCAGUGUUUCUCCGAGAUCCGCCUCGCCAGCUUCCUGCUCCCAGCCCUGACCUUUCACCUCUCAGUAACCCCCUAAGUUGACUUUGACCCUGCUAACUACAGAGAAGACCACGUGGUGUUUAUCUUUAUGUCUGUGUGGGGGGUUAAAACAGCCUCUUAUCUGAUUAAAAAAAGAUCCUAGUUACUACUGCUAUAGUUGACUUCACCUCUAACCACCAAACCUAACAAAAACCUAACAUCCCAAACACAGAAAAAACUUUAYUGAGUAUACUGAGCAGAACCACUUAUAAUAUAGAUUGUUCAACCUAUGACUCUAAGUACUGUUUAAACACUUUGUUCCGGUCUCUGAGGAAAACCUUCACAUUCCAAAAAAACCUUCUAUUUCCCAAWAUUGUUAGAACUAUGCUAAUGCUGCUUUUUGUCCCAUGUUCAGUCUAUCAGACAUCGUCAGCCUCGCCAAUAUAUCGCCUCAGUACACCUUUCAAAACACCUCUCAUGGUAUCCCUGCUCCUUAUAAUUCAACACAUUCAUGUUGUUUUUGUGGUUGUUUUUUUCUCUGCUUUACAGAUAUCACGAUGCUCGCAGUUAGUCGACGAGAACACAGUCUUAAGGUGAAUUGCAGCUGCUACAAAUUGAUAGUUUUUGCAAAAAAACAAAUGAKCAUAAUGGAAUGAAAUUCGAUGCAGAAGGGAAUCGAGGCGGACGACGAUGGUUAGCGAAGCGCUUUAGCUUCUKAUUGGCUUUGAGGUAUUUGUAAUCRGUGCCGAGUGUUUUCCACUAACUCAAGAUCACUUUACUUCAGUUUGAAGAAAUGGUCUGUUAAGGAAAGUUUUAGCUUUUAAGUAUUAAACUAAUACAAGUAAAACAGUCACUGCUGCAMCUUUCUGAACACCAAGGGAUCGAUGCAUUAUAUACAGAGUGUGAAGUAUUGUGGAUGAAGCACUCGUUGCAAAUAGAGUUCACUAUUUGGUCAAAAAUGGGCAAACAUUUGAAAAUAAAAAUUAGUAGAUUUAUCGUAGUUUAUGGCUGAUGAUAAAAACACAGGCCAGGUUUGGGUCUAAUAACUUACUAACAUUUUUUCACUUGCUGUUGAGCUGGUGUUUAAGAUGAAAGAAUAAAGCUUAUUAGCAGGUACAAAAUGCAAACUCAAUAAGAAAAGAAUACAUGCUUGCAAAGCUUUUAUAUUGCUCAGUAUUUGCCAGCAUUUAUCUGAAAUAAUCCAUAACCAAAAUAUAUAUCGUGUUCUACGUAAGUCUGAGUGUUCCAGCUUUCUGACAGAAAGCUAAAUCUAGAAAACCAGAUUGGUAAAGGUCACACGGUCUUAGCACAAGCCCUGAAACUACAGUAGAUGUUGAAGCGCUGCAUUCAACAUCUACUAAUGAAAGUAUUUAAAAACUAACCUUUGAUGAUGUUUUCUCUCACACUCAAACUUCCCAUGAGGGACCUUCUGGUUAGCAGGAGUUCUACAGAGCCUUACCUUCUUGUUGGAGCCCCACUCUAAGCAAUGYGUCAAAAAAAAAACCCUCUCUUGAAAAACUUGAGAAUUUCUCACAUACACACACGUAAGCACAGAUACAGUAUGUAUAAGUAUAGCUAAAAGUAAGCACACACACCUGUAAGUGUGCAUGAAGGGAAACACACUCACAACUACUAGGAUACACACAAUCAGCACUAUAAAAGAAACGUGAGAUGCUGACCAAGACAGAAUUUCGAAGCGCUAGACUGAAACAGACACUUUUUGUUUGAGUUUGUUGGAACUUUUAAAAUAACUCCGAWCCCCUGUUGAUGUCAUCGAUAUAUAAUUGUCCCACUUUUCUUGACUACUCUCCAGUUUAUUGACAGCAAUACAGUCAUGUUAUCAUGGAAGGCUUCUUGUUACUUGCACACAUAUAUAUGUAUAUAAACAACAGCCAGAAAAGGGACAGACAGGGUGAGAACUAGAGGUAGCUGUCAUUUAAAGGGAAUAAUGUUACAUUCAUGGCCAGUCCGAAGUUCGAACUUCGUGAGUAUUUGGUGAUUUACUUAYACUUUAUAAAAAAAAUCUUGUAUACUGAACCCACUAAUAUCAAGCUUCUWAUAGUAAAUACUCCAAGUAGCAGAAUAAUAAUCCUCUAGCUGUCUGCUGCUCCAUCAGGCACAUAUUUUACCCUUCCUAUGUAGUGUAAAUAGAUGAAGUAAAUAGUUUUUUAAAUGUUGUCAUGUCUUUUUUUUAUUACGUUUUUGUGCAUGUUUAUUUAAUUUAUAUAGGAUGCCAUUUAAUACACUGAAUGUUAAAUAAAUAAGAUUCAUAGUACACUGGACAGCAGGAACUGCCCAGCUCCAAAAUGCCAUGAAUGCAGCAGUAUUUAGGUGAAGCAGAUCCAAGAACGGCCUGCGAAUUAGACUCCUUUUUAGUGAACAAAAAUGUUUUUUUUUUUUUGUGGAACAGGAAGACGUGUGAAUUCUCUUUCUGUUUUAUUCAGUUUUUAACAUUUCACAAACAAUCCGCUUUGGAGAAAGAAAAAAAAAGUAGUAAAAGAAAAGUCUUUAGCAGACUGGGUUAUGUUUGAAGAAAUCGCCUAAAUUCAGUUUCACAUUUCUCUACCCAACACUGUGACGUGGCUUCGAUUCAGACCAAAACGGCUGUCAUGGGUCACAACAUGAGGCUGGGAUGGACGGUCUCGGCUGAAAACGCUGAGGCAUUCGUGACGUGUCUGUGGCGUGCUGCCGUAGUUGUCAGAUGUGUGAAGUGUUACUACUAGCAUCCAUCCUGUAGAGAGUGCUGUUCAGCCUCUGAAACACUGAUAGUCUGGCUCUUUGACUUCACAAAAGCUGACUGAAAGAAAAAAAUACACACACACACACACACACCAUCAGAAAAGUCAAAGUCCAUACUGUCCUUAUUUAAGCUCGCACUAUAUUAUUGUGUCUGGAACACUUAAUCAAAAUCAUCCUGUACAGCUCCCUGAAAACGUCCUGUGCACUUUCAACACAUUUCUCGAUGCACUCAAAGUUAAAUAACUGUACUCAAGUUGCUUUACUGUAUAUUGGUAAAAACCUUGUCAGCUGUGUACUGUGCGUGYGUGCUUCUGGGAACUAAACAGUCUUGGUAGUUUGUGAAACUUCUGGUGAUCAAAAAGAGCAAGCGAUCAAAUAUUCAACWGUUAAAACUAGACACGUGAAAAAAGCCACCAUAGAAGCGUAUUUAUUAUUGUACUGCUCCCUCUGAUCCAUUCCCAUGAGUUGCCUGAAAGUAACACACGCCACAUGACACAUGCGUGGAUUAUAUGUGACAAUAAUAAUAAUAAUAAUGUGAACCUUUUUUUUUUCAGGAACAGCGUAACAAAGGUAUCAAAGCACUUUGAUAGACGUAGGAGCUGGGUCGUUUAUAGGCGAGUAGGAGUCAGUUGUAGUUUUAUUGUGUCUACGGAGCUCGUUGUAAGAGUGCGUCACUGUAUGAGGGGGAUGAGCUGCUGUGUGUCUUGGAUUAACCUGUUGGUGCCCCUUUAGCUUAGUGGACUUGAGUGGAACUUGGGUCAUCGGUGUACUGUUGGCUUUGAUGGUGAAAACACUCAACGCUCCCGGUCCGGCCCCCCUUGUGUCGUUCUCCUUCUCUGGGUUUUACCUUUCGACCAAGCUGCAAGAUCACAUACACCACAUGUUGUUAAGACCUUUAAAUUACCUGAUUCGUGUUGAAAGGUAAUAGAAUCUUUUUUUUUUUUUUUUUUGCUUAAGCAAGUUUUACUCAGCAUGAAGUGCAUUUAAGGAUUUUCAGGAUUAAAAAGGCUGAACUUAAACAAGACUGAACUGUGAAGGUGUUUUUCAGUGACUCAGCUUUCAGAAAAUUUGGAAAAAGGGGGUAAUUUUUUCAGGGUAAAAUUUCAGAUCUACUAAUAUUUUCAUAUUAUUUACGAUUCGACCAGUUCAGUUGACCACUUUCUGCCUGUCCGUUUUAUCAAAACACAAUUCUGUGCCAGUGGUUAAAACGGAUGCGAAUCUGUUUUGAAUUGGUUCUGUUGCACGACAUAUGACGUAAGUUUUAAUUUUACCAUGAAAUUUCAAACAUGGUUGAAUUUUAUGCUUCAGUUUAAAAAGGAAAUAAAAUGCCCUAAAGAAGAUCAACAAUAAUGAAUUUAAUAAAAACAAACUGCAUGACCCAUAUUUCAGGGUAAAUUAUUAACUUUUUUUCUCAAAAGAGAAACAAAAAAGUUAUUCAUAAUAUUUUAUUUGAAAAAAAUAUUCUACUUCAUACUUUUCUGACAGAUACAGUUAUAAUGUUUAGUGCAAACCAGAAAAUUGAAAUAGCUCAAAAUAAUCUAUUUGAAAUAUUUGUCUUAUUAAAAAGAAAAUAGAUAGAACUGAUAACUGAUCAUUAACAUUUCAUUUUGUUUCCUUUUUGUAAUUUUGUAAAUUUACUAAAAUAAAGCAGCAACCUCGAGUGUUUGUUGGCUGAUGACAUAUUCAUUGCACAUAAUUUCAUCAAAUAUUCUUACUUUAAAAAUAAUAUACUUUUACUAUUUUUGCAGAACUCAGAAAUCCAGCUUGCUGUCUGUACCCAGCACUUUUCUCUCUGCAAUGAUAUAGAUCAUUUUAUUAUUUAUUAUAAUACAUUAAUAUAUAUAUUACAAUUACAUGAUUAUGUUUAAGACUGCAUUAUAUAUUUACUACCCAGUGAUUAUCAAUCUGGGAUGAUGUGAAAAGGUAAAUGUUGUUUUGCAGCUUGGCCAAAAAGUAACAUCCGAUGGUUUUAUUCACCAGUUGUAGCCCGUUAAUAACACCCCUCCACUGGUAUGUCACUGACCAUUGUAUAUAGACGCCACUGUGUUUUUAUCACUCCAAAAGUAUUUGAUUAAAAUUUAAAAAAGAGAAAAAAAACUUACUUUUUAACAGGAUGUUGUGGAUGUUGCCAGUUGAGCGUUCAUAAACCUGUUUGUUUAUCAUAACGAUGGUGUUAUUAUAGGACUGAAAGCAUAACGAGAAGGAAGAGUGCGCUUUUCUUUUUCAGAGUCUGCCUUUUUUUUCCACCAAGAAAAGGGCUGCUGAAGUUUCAAGAAUGUUUUUAAAAUGUGUUUUAAGAUGCGAAUACGUGUAUGAGGUGUGUCUCUGUCCCGUUUUGGAAGAUGGAUGAAACUAAAAAUCCACUUUUACUGAAUUCAGGCUGCAGAGCAGGAAGGGAGGCAGUGUGUGUCAUGUUAGGAGUGACCUGGUUACCGGCAGAACCGAAAAAUCAACCAGUUUUGGUCCAAGAAAACAGGAAGUAUUGAUUUGAUAGAUGUGAAAUGUUCAUUGACACACACUAGCCAGUGCUCUCUUAUGGCUACCGCCACUCCCAGUUAGUCUAACAAUAACUAGAAUUUGUCUUUUGGCACGUGGUUUUAAGUCAUGUCUUGUAUUAGACAGCUCCUAUGUUGACACCUUUGACAUACCUACCAACACUGAAAUGAAUCAGGACCAAUUACUUUUCUCAGUGUUAAAGACAAAACUAGGUUGUUUAAUCAAAAUUGGGUGUAACUUCAAAAGGUUAAAAUAAUUUGUUGGAAAAAUAUCUGAUUAAAGUGUGUGUUGGUAGAUAUGCAUCUGGAGUCCCUACAUGUGUCUCACUACUGUGGAGGCUUUUCUACACUACAGCUCUGAAAAAAGCAGCAGAUUAUAAAUAUGUGUUUUCCUGUUGCCAAUACACACAGCAGUUAGUGGCUGACCGCCCAGUUAAAUCAAAACACUGUUUAAAUGUCAGAAAGAGUGGAAAAUAAAAUUCCUGUUGAAUUACACACAACAAACUGCAUUUGAUUCUCCGUACAAAACACCACCUGUUAAAGGAGAAAUCCAAGAUGACAGACAAAAGAGGCUUGUUUUUCAGUGCUGUUGAGUGGAUCCUCUGUAGCGUGUGCUGUAUUAUUGCGUAAGGUGCAACAUCAUUGCAAGAGCAUGCAGGAGACAACAAACAGCUGGUUUUUUAAAGGCAUCCGUCCUGUUAGAUAGUGCUCAUCUUCCCCUUUCAAUUCUGAGUAUUUGGUAUGAAAGAGAUGUUCAUUGUAAUUAAUUGUUAACUAGUGACGUGGAUAUUAAUCAUGAAAUAAAUAAAUAAAAAAAUAAGCAAAAGAA